UCUAGUCUCACCGAGAAGAUCCCACUAAGCGAUUGCUAGAGAGAGAGAAGGAACUCGAGCAAUGGCGGCGGUUCAACAGCAGCAAGCGAUGCAGAAGAACACGUUGUACGUAGGAGGGUUAGCCGACGAAGUAAACGAAUCGAUCCUCCACGCGGCGUUUAUACCAUUCGGCGACAUCAAGGACGUGAAGACGCCGCUGGACCAAGCCAAUCAGAAGCACAGAUCCUUCGGAUUCGUCACUUUCCUAGAGAGAGAAGACGCUUCCGCCGCCAUGGAUAACAUGGAUGGCGCCGAGCUGUACGGCCGUGUUCUCACCGUCAAUUAUGCCCUCCCGGAGAAAAUCAAGGGUGGAGAACAGGGCUGGGCCGCACAUCCGCUUUGGGCGGAUGCAGACACAUGGUUUGAGCGGCAGCAACAAGAAAAGGAAAUUCUCAAGAUCCAAGCCGAGAACAAGGCUGCUAUGGAGGCUGCUGAGGAACUUCACAGGAAGAAAUUGGCGCAAGACCGACAAGGCGAGAUGGAAGAAGAUACGGAUGUCAAAGAUGAUCCUAUGGCCAGAGCUGAGGCCGAAAAUUACGGUUUGGUUUUCGCCAGAGUUGUGUCACACUAUAACUUCAUCGAGUUUGAGAUUAGAUUGUUUUAUCAAGUUACUGACUAUGUUAUUGUUAUAGUUACUAGAUCUGGUACUUUGUUGAAACUUUCAUGA